AUGCCUUCCCUUUAAAAAAAAAAAGAGAGAGAGAGAGAGGGAGAGAAAGAGAGAAGUAGAGGGGGAGGGAGAGAGAGGGGGAGGGGGGAAACGGGAGUACAAUUUGAGCCGAUCAGGUUCUCCCCAGGGUCCUCCCUUAUAACUUUUCCAACCCAGCUUAGUUUUGCUGCGUGCCUUUAGGAACGCCUCUCUCUCUAACUCGCUUCUUCGAGUUCCCUUAAAAAAAAAAGUAGCAUUCAAAAUGUUUGCAGUUCCUUAGAAAUAGCGUCCAAAGGUUGUGGGAUCCCGGCAUCUGCCAAUUUCCCCCGGUUCAUUUUUUUUUGAAAGACUUUAAAGACCGGCGCUGCUGAAGGUGAAAUUGACUUAACCGGGCUACGGUGGCGGGGAAAUUGCCUCGCCCGGUAGCGGCUGCUGAAGGCGAGCCAAGCCCGGCCGCCUCGCACUAGAUCCCGGGUCAGUUUCACGCGGAGGCAGCGAUCUGAAGCGGGAGAGAGGCGCGCUGCCUAUUCGGCUAGGUGAUCUCAGAAAGGAGGUGAAGAUCUGCUAAGAAGAAAAAUUCGCACACUGGGGGAAUUUUCCGCGAUCUCAUUUUUUUUUGGAGGUUGAAAACUGUCCCUGUACAUAGACUCUGUCCUUCGGACUGUUUGACAAACUUCUAAGCUAUUUGCUGGGCGGCCUUUCGGUUUUCUUUCUUUUUAUUAUUAUUAUAGAGCUUUUUUUUUUUUGAACGGGGAAAGGACUUUUUUAAAAAACAAAACAAAGCAAACCAGCCUGAGUCUCGCGAGCACGUCAGAAUGGAAGUAACCACGGAUCAGCCACGGUGGGUCAGCCACCACCAUCCAGCCGUCCUCAACGGACAGCACCCGGACUCUCACCACCCGGGACUGGCCCAUUCCUACAUGGAUCCCACUCAGUAUCCUCUGGCCGAAGAAGUGGAUGUACUUUUCAACAUCGACGGCCAGGGCAACCACGUCCCUUCCUAUUACAGCAACUCGGUGAGAGCGACGGUGCAACGGUACCCGCCAGCCCAUCACGCAGGUGGUCAGGUGUGCCGUCCGCCUCUGCUGCAUGGUUCUCUCCCUUGGCUGGAUGGGAGCAAAGCUCUGGGAAGCCACCACAGCGCCUCCCCUUGGAACCUGAGUCCCUUCUCCAAGACUCCCAUCCACCAUAGUUCGCCCGGACCUCUCUCAGUGUACCCUCCGGCUUCCUCUUCCACAUUGUCUACGGGCCACUCCAGCCCACACCUAUUCACCUUCCCGCCAACCCCUCCCAAAGAUGUCUCCCCGGAUCCCUCCAUCUCCACCCCGGGCUCCACCGGAUCCAGCCGGCAAGAGGAGAAGGAGUGUAUUAAAUACCAGGUGUCUUUGGCGGACACCAUGAAGCUGGAGUCCUCUCAUUCCCGGAGCAGCAUGGCUUCGUUAGGGGCAGCCUCGUCCUCUGCUCACCAUCCGAUCACCACCUACCCUUCCUAUGUCCCUGAAUAUGGCUCUGGACUUUUCCCCCCUAGCAGCCUGCUAGGGGGAUCGCCUACUGGUUUCGGCUGCAAAUCUAGACCAAAAGCACGUUCCAGCACAGAAGGCAGGGAGUGUGUAAACUGUGGCGCUACCUCAACCCCACUAUGGAGGAGAGAUGGCACGGGGCAUUAUCUCUGUAACGCCUGUGGACUGUAUCAUAAAAUGAAUGGGCAGAACCGCCCCCUGAUAAAGCCCAAGAGAAGGCUGUCUGCUGCAAGGAGGGCGGGGACAUCGUGCGCCAACUGCCAGACCACCACCACCACCCUGUGGAGGAGGAAUGCCAACGGAGAUCCAGUGUGCAACGCCUGCGGGCUGUAUUAUAAGCUCCACAAUAUUAACAGACCCCUGACUAUGAAGAAGGAAGGCAUCCAGACCCGAAACCGAAAGAUGUCUAGCAAGUCGAAAAAGUGCAAAAAAGUCCACGACACCUUGGAAGAUUUCCCCAAGAGCAGCUCCUUCAACCCUGCUGCCCUGUCGAGACACAUGUCGUCCAUCAGCCACAUUUCGCCGUUCAGCCACUCUGGUCACAUGCUGUCCACGCCAACUCCAAUGCACCCGCCUUCCAGCCUGUCGUUUGGACCCCAUCACCCAUCCAGCAUGGUCACUGCCAUGGGCUAGAGCACCCUGGGAGUGUGUCGCGAGAAAGACUUCCCUGCUGAGUGCUUUUAAGUUCUCAAAAUGAGAGGUACAUUUAUAUACUUGCAUUGUUGCAGGCGAGCGCUUCCCCAUUCAAAGCCCCGAAAUGCAAAUGGGAAAUACGUUUUAAAAAUUGGUUGAAGGUAUGGACAUAUAUCAUGGGGGCAGGGGGGAAGGGACGGUUGAUGGCUGCUUUCUAAGGUGUCUGUAUGUUCUUUCGACCGCGAAAAUUGGGAUCCCAUUUGUGAAUAAACCAUUCUGACGCGAGCUUGCUCCUGAACUGGGUUUCGAGUGCUGUGAAGAAGAAGAAAUACAAAAGUUGACUCCUCCACCCGUCCUUGUCUCCUCCUUCCCCAGACGGGCAGAUCGAUGCUGAACACUGUAUAACUUAUAUUGUAAGAAAAUACUGUACAUUUUUUGAAGAAGACUCUUGCAUCUGGUUAGCUGUAAAGAAAACGCUUGGAGUGAAGAGGCCGAAGUACGGCAAGAGAGAACCGGGAGGAAUGUGGUACGGUCCGAGACGAACGAGGUCAAAACCGGCAAACGGACAAACUGCCAGCUGUGGGUUUUUUUGUUCUCUUUUCUCUGUCUCUUUCCUCACUCACUGGCUCGAGUUGAUGCAUUAAAAAUAAAUUAAUCCAAGUUGUAACCAAAUCAUCCAUUCUAGGCUGACGGGCCUCCGAACAAUCAGAAAGUGGGAUGGUUUCAGGGCAAUCGGUGUGAUAUAUUCAGCUUGUUGCCGAGGCGAGUUUUCCAGGCCUAUACGCAUUGUGAACAAGUUCCUGUAAUUGUUGUUUGUAUGUAUAAUUCAAAGCACCAAAAUAAGACGAGAUGUAGAUUUAUUUCAUCCUAUGAAACAGAUUAAAUGGUUGUACAAAUUUUA